AUAUAAAUUAAAAAUUUUAUUUUAUUAAUUUAUGAAUUAAACAUAAUUAAUUUUAAUUUUUUCAUCAUCUUCUUCCUAUUUUCUUUCUCCUCAUCCUUACCCUCCUCUUCUUCUUCGGAAUCAUCUUCAUCAUCUUGGGUUUCUCGUGGAACCCAAUGCUAGGUUCAUAAGGAACCCAGCACGAGGAACCCAGAUUUGGGUUCCUCAUGAAACCUAGCACUGGGUUCAUGAGGAAACUAGAGCUCCUCGUGGAACCCAUCUGGGUUCCUCUCAAAACUCAGCAUUGGGUUCCAUGGGAGAACCCAGCACUGGGUACCACGGGGGAUGUAAUGAACUCGAUAUGGGUUUCGCCGGGUCACGCGAGCCCAGUGCUGGGUGAUAAGUUUGGGUUCAUUGCAAAACCCACAUCGGGUUCAUUGCAAAACCCACAUCGGGUUCAUUGCAAAACCCACAUCGGGUUCAUUGCAAAACCCACAUCAGGUUCAUUGCAAAACCCACAUCGGGUUCAUUGCAUCCCCCGCGGAACCCAGUGCUGGGUUCUCCCGUGGAACCCAAUGUUGGGUUUUGAGAGGAACCCAGAUGGGUUCCACGAGGAGCUUUGGGUUCCUCGCGAACCCAGUGCUGGGUUUCAUGAGGAACCCAGAUCUGGGUUCCUUGAACCAAGCACUGGGUUCCUCUGGGUUUCUCGUGCUGGAUCCCUUGUGAACCCAGCAUUGGGUUCCACGAGGAACCCAAGAUGAUGAAGAUGAUUCCGAAGAAGAAGAUGAGGGUAAGGAUGAGGAGAAAGAAGAAGAGGAAGAACAAGAUGAAAAAAUUAAAAUUAAUUAUGUUUAAUUCAUAAAUUAAUAAAAUAAAAUUUUUAAU